ACCCUUUUCCUCUCACAAAAAACACCGAGGUUUGAGCAGGCUCCUGCGUCUAGAACCCCUGGUGUGACAGUGAAGUGGUUCAUCUUCAGAACAGUUUUGUUACGUUUGAGGUCAUGAAAACGAUUCUGGGAAAUGGUUGCUCUGAUUUUUGUUUUCAGCGCGAUCUCUUUCAACCUCAUUAAACCUGGACUUUAAACACUCGAGCACACAAAGAGCUCGGUGAGUUCAUCAGUCAGCCCUUGGUCCUUAUCUCAACACAUCCUGCGAGAGGUUGGUGUCCGGACACACUGAGUGUUGGCAGGUUGUGUAGGCGGACCGGACUUUGCUCAGUUUGACGAGAGAGAACACAGUGGUAAGUCCUGGGGAUCAGUGCAGCGUCGACGGAAAGAUGUCCCACCGUGUCUCCCCACCUCUGCUGCCUCUGCUGCUUCUGUCCCUCUGCUGGACGUCUCACUGCUGCCGGCAAGACCCAGCGUCGGCCUUCAGACUGACCGGCGUGGCCUGCCGCCUCACCCACCCCGCCGCCGCCGUGCUGAAUGAAAAGACGACUAAGGUGGUGGAGGCGGCCUUCCAGCACGCCAGAUACCCGAGCGUCAAGGCGGAGAAGUCGAUGCUCAUCGGCAAAGUGGCCUACGGGCUCGACAAUCUGGAGAUUCACAACCUGACGAUCGGAGGCAGCAAGUUCGACCUUCUACCAGGUGAAGGCAUCAACUUAGAGAUCGGCAACGUGUCGGCGCUCUUCAACGGGACGCUCAAGUACAGCUACGGCAGCUGGUUGGUGAACGUCGCGCACGCCGUUACUUUUGAGAUCGACUCUCAGAUCGAUCUGGGAAUCAAACCCAAACUCUACUGUGGCGCAGCAGGGAACGUAGCCGCGGACACCUCGGACUGCUACCUGAACUUUGACCGGCUGCGCCUGCACCUGCAGGGAGACAGAGAACCCAACUGGCUGAAGAAGCUCUUCACCGAUUUCAUCUCCUUCACUGUGAAAAUGGUCAUCAAGAGACAGAUCUGCCAGGAGAUCAACAAGGUGGCCAACAUUCUGGCCGAGUUCGUCCAAGAGAGAGCAGAACAGUUUCUGAAGGAUGGAGACAUCAGCGUGGACAUCAACUUAACGGCGCCACCUGUCAUCACAAACGACUACAUCGAGUCGUACCACAAGGGUCUCACCCAGUUCAACGGCUCCUCUGCCACCAUCGAUGACUCCGUGUUCCACCCCAGGCAGCUGACUCAGUACAGGAUGCUUUACUUCUGGGUGUCAGACCAGCUGUUAAACCCAGUAAUGGCCGCCGCACACAAGGACGGGCGUUUCUCGCUCAACGUCUCUGGCCCAGAACUCGCGGACCUCUUCCGACCAACGAUCGUCCCCUCCACGCCUCAGCUGUUCCAGAAGUGCUUGUUGGGGUCCGGUGGGUCGAGGCUCGCGGUCUGGAGUUCACAAGUUCCCUUCCUCAACACUUCCACAGCGGGAACACGAGUCUGGGUGGAGGCGUCGGGACGGCUGUGGUGUGGCGACCGAGACCAGCCAACGCUUUUCUUCCAGACGGCGGUCAGCGUGGACGUCACCGCUUCCUACGCCAAGAAGCGCCUCUCUCUCCAUGGCAAGCUACCAGAGAUUGCUGUCUUACACGCCGAGGUGCCUGGUCAUUCCCAGUCCGGUGAGGAGACGGCCGACUACAUAACGGAAGCUGUGGGGAAAGUCGGCAUUCCCAAAGUCUUGUCCGUGCUUGCGUCUGAGAUCACUCGGCUGCUGGACAAGCAGGGAACCAACUUGUUCGACAUCUACGACCCGGAAGUUCUGCCUCGAGACGGCUACGUCCUGGUGCAGAUGGAUUUCGGGUUCCCUCACCACCUCCUGGUGGAGUUCCUCAUGAGGACUCUUCAGCAGCAACACUCUGACUGAAGGCGGGAGUCAAAUUCAGGCCCCCUAGUGGCCGGGAUUGAUUUGCCGUACGAGUCACGCUGUUCAUUUCUGUGACAGAAUAAUAUGGCGACACACAACUCUAGACGACUGUCAGUCAUCGACAAGUUCUCGUCACGUGUUUGUAUUUAUUUCCUUUCAUGUCGUGUUUGUACAGUGUCGACCUGAUGGUGUUCCUUUAUUAAACAUGCAUCGGCUGUUCUUCCAACAUGAAGAAGCCACAGUUU